CGUGAUAAUCAUUCUUGUUUGAAAUGCGCGAAAAUUAAACAAAGUCAAGAUCUCCGCAGGUCGUGCCGCUGUCACACGUUCGCGGGCUUCACACGGAGCGUGUAAACUGCGCAUGCUCCUUGACCUUGCGAUUAAACCACGCCCGCGUGAUGUCAUCAGACCUGAAACACCCAGUAUUUAGUCUGUGCCGGAUCAAUGCCGCCAUGGCAAUGAAGCUCGUCGCCACGGGGAUGGGUUUUCUGCAGUCGUCCUUGCCGUUUUGUAGACAGGCCUGCAGAAGUUCACUUGGAGUGAUGGAGCAGGUCAGGAGCUACUAUGUUGACUGGAGAAUGGUGCGGGAUGUGAAAAGGAGACAAAUGGCAUUUGAAUAUGCAGAUACAAGACUGCGCAUCAAUGCCAUUAGGAAGAAUACUGUUUUGCCAAAAGAGUUACAGGAGAUAGCUGAUAAAGAGAUAGCCGCACUGCCUCGAGACAGUUGUCCCGUGCGCAUUCGCAACAGGUGUGUGAUGACAUCUCGUCCACGUGGAGUGAAGCGCAGGUGGCGUCUUAGUCGCAUUGUUUUUCGGCAUUUAGCGGACCACAACCAGAUGUCUGGAAUACAGAGAUCAAUGUGGUGAUCAGCCAUGGGAUUGUAUAAGUGUUCUAUUCUAAAACCUUGUAAUAAAAGAUAUUCUUGCAUAAAAUGCAAAGACACAGAGCUGCAAAACCAACAAGCACCUGCUCAAAUGUUGUAUUGUUUUCUACUAAAUUGAUUUCACAUUCAACAUUUUUUUUUUGUCUUCAACUGAUGGCAAAUUGUAUAAGUUAUUUUAUUGUAGAUACAAUAAAAAGGUGUA